AUGGACGGCCGCCUAGACGCUGACUUGUACCCUCUGGGAACCAGCUACGUCCCUGAAAUCGACAGUGUCCAUGACAUAUCAGUUGGCACAAAGAGGGGAUCCGACGAACUCUUUUCUUCCUGCAUAUCCAACGGGCCCUAUAUCAUGAACUCAGCCAAUGGCAACGACAGCAAAAAAUUCAAAGGUGACGUCCGCAGUCCCGGUGUACCGUCACGUGUGGUGCACGUACGCAAGCUUCCAAAUGACAUAAACGAAGCAGAAGUUAUUGGCCUGGGAUUACCCUUUGGGAAGGUCACUAAUCUGCUCAUGCUGAAAGGGAAAAAUCAGGCGUUUUUGGAACUGAACAGCGAGGAGUCUGCACAGACAAUGGUAACCUACUACUCAUCUGUCACUCCGUUGAUCAGGAACCAACCCAUUUACAUGCAAUACUCAAACCACAAGGAGCUCAAGACCGACAACUCCCCAAACCAAGUGCGUGCACAGGCAGCUCUGCAGGCAGUUAAUGCACUGCAUGGAGGUGGAAUGGGAGGCAUGGCCAUUUCCACCGAUGUAGCGAGCAUGGGAGGAGGAGGAGGAGCUCAAAGCCCUGUGCUCAGAGUCAUUGUGGAAAACCUCUUCUAUCCUGUCACUUUGGAUGUGCUUCACCAGAUUUUCUCAAAGUUUGGCACUGUGCUGAAAAUCAUCACAUUCACUAAGAACAACCAGUUCCAGGCACUGAUCCAGUAUGCAGAUGCAAUGACAGCUCAGCAUGCUAAACUGAGUCUGGAUGGACAAAACAUCUACAAUGCCUGCUGCACCCUGAGGAUCAGCUUCUCCAAGCUCACCAGUCUCAAUGUGAAGUACAACAAUGAUAAGAGCAGGGAUUACACCCGACCAGAUCUCCCAACAGCUGAUUCACAGCAAUCACUGGACCACCAGACCAUGGCUGCUGCAGCUUUUGCUGCACCAGGUAUAAUCUCUGCCUCUCCUUUUGGAGGAGCACACGCCUUCCCACCAACAUUUACCAUCCAACAGGCAGCAGGUCUGUCAAUGCCUGGUAUCCCCAGUGCCCUGGCAUCAUUGGGCGUAGCACACUCCGGCAUGGCGGCCGCUGCUGCAGCCGCCAGCCGGCUGGGCCUUUCAGGGCUCACAGCCACUGGGGGACACAAUGUCCUGCUGGUCAGCAAUCUGAACCCCGAGAGCGUUACGCCACACUGCCUCUUUAUUCUUUUCGGUGUGUAUGGCGACGUGAUAAGGGUGAAAAUUCUGUUCAACAAAAAGGAAAACGCUUUGAUUCAAAUGUCUGAUGGCACACAGGCCCAGCUAGCCAUGAGCCACCUCAAUGGCCAGCGUCUCCAUGGCAGGGCAAUGCGCGUGACCUUGUCCAAGCAUAGCACGGUGCAGCUGCCCAGAGAAGGUCAUGAGGAGCAGGGGCUCACCAAGGACUACAGCAACUCACCGCUGCACCGCUUCAAGAAACCAGGCUCCAAAAAUUACUCCAACAUUUUUCCACCUUCGGCAACACUCCACCUCUCCAACAUACCACCUUCUGUGGUGGAGGAUGACCUCAGACGACUGUUUGCCAGCUCAGGAGCCACAGUCAAAGCCUUCAAGUUCUUUCAGAAAGAUCGUAAGAUGGCCUUGAUCCAGAUGGGAUCAGUCGAGGAGGCCAUCGAGUCACUCAUCGAAUUCCAUAACCACGAUCUGGGAGAGAACCACCACCUCAGAGUGUCCUUCUCCAAGUCCACCAUCUGAGUGCCUUCCCCUUCCUCCCUCCAACUCUAUUGCCACCCUAAUGUUGUGCAUUAGAGUGGAAAUGGACACACAAUGUUUGUGGUUGUUUCUGUGCAGUGUGUUGGUUCCUUUUCUAAGUUCUUAAAAAUUCUGCGUCAUUAUUAGAUUUGGGCAUCUGAGUUGAUCAAAGGUGCUCUGGGUUCCGCUUCGGAUUUCGGAAAGCGGGAUAUUAUAUCUUAUAGCUACAUUUUAACAAGGAAUGAAACCAACAUUUUAGUAUCUUUUCUCCCUAAACAUAUUCUUGCGUUAGCUCAUCAUUAAAUAUUAAAGUGCGACAUAACAGAUGUAGACAAGUUAAUGGGUAUUCUUCUCUAUUUCUGGCACUUAACAGUGGCUGGAUCCCAGUGUUUACAGCAAUGUGAAUUGUGCACUUGACUUUUUCAGUUUGCAUGGGAAUAGGUUCUUUUAAGCAGCUCAUAUCCAGCUUUAGUUUUGGGGCACAUUAUGACUUAUCAGUGAGAUUGAUGACAUGCUGGUGGACCUAUGGUCACUUUAAAAUCUCUCCUUAACCUCAUUCCAUAUUUGUAUUGUCUUAAUAUGAUAAUAAGGAUGAAGGUCCAUUCAGGCCCUUGGUGCCCAAACCUAAUUAAUGAUUAAUUCCAUCCAGAAGUCUUAAGUAGAACAGGAAAGGGUCAACAUUAUGCACAGGAUACUUGUCAAACCUUAAUGAUUUGAAAAGGAUUAUUUUUAUAAGGAGGUCACACCGAGGUAACUAAAGUGUCACAUUAGACAAUACAAGAAACAUAACCUUCAUCGACAGACGUGGAUAAAAAAAGCAAUCCCCACGCGACACACUUCAUCAUUCCUCUUGCUAUAAUAAUUGUGUGGAUUUACCUGUGUGUGCCUUCUAGAAAUGCCACUUUUGAAGCAGUUUGGCCAGUAUGUUCAUAGUUUUGGGAAGGGGAAUUUUGUUAUGGCUCACAGACCUUCAUUUUACUUGUAUCUCUCAGUACACGUCUUUUUAAUCUUCCCAGAGAAUUUUGGGGAGGAAUCCAGACCACUAUCUGAAGUUGUGAAAAAACAAAACAGCAUCCACGGUCAUGUGCCUUACUUUCAUUCCAACCAGAUUGCCUUAAGCAUUGCUCUGGCUUCAUUUAACAAAAUUGUGGUUUUAUGGCAAAAAAAAGAGAAGCCUUUUUCGUUACCAGCAUAGUUAAAAAAGUGAAAGUGGCCCAGUCAGUCUUGAGUUACUUAUCUACAGAUUUGUUAAAAAUAUAGUCUCAUAUAUGUAGAAUCUAUGAAUGUAAGUCAGUUAGAUGCCUAAUAUCCUUGCUAGGAGAUGUAGCUCUGUUAGGUGUAUGGUGGCAGGAGUAGAGCUGUCAGCAGCUGUCCUGUCCUACAGUCUCCGCUCACCCCCUUCCACGGGACAGUGGUGGCUGGGGGCCUCAUUUAAUCAUUUUUACGUUCAUCUGUAUGUGGACGCAUAUAUUCAUUUAUCAAUUUGUUUUGUUAUUUUUUUUUAUAUAUUAGCAUUUACAUGUUUAUCACUUUUAAACUUAAUUGUUAAGUCUUUCAGUUGUGGUUGGGUUUAAACAGUAUAAGCAGUGCCUUCAUUGCUUUAGUUAAAAAUCUGAAGCUGAGACAGUUGACCUGUUUACCUCUCUUCCAGCUGUUUAAUCUUACUCUUCUACAGUGAUGCCUUCAUAUCAAAUUAAGAUUAGGUAAUCGUGUGAAUGAGCAGCUGGGAGGUGUCUGUCAACCGUUGUUAAAGGAGAAUUCCUAACUUUUCAACCUACAGAAAUGUUUGCGGUCAUCAACUUCUGCCAGUAGGGUUCAAAGAAACCUUUAGGCCAAAACCCCAAAUUUUUACAAACCUUUUUUUUUUUUUGGCUGCUUUUUGUGCACAAAAUAUCUACCCAGUGCUAUGUAACAUUUACACUCAUCAAAGUGUUAAUGAAAAUACUGUUAAUUGAACAUGAUAGUGGAGACAGCAUCCCUACAGACCAAGAAGUAGGCUUCUAGUGGCUUGAGUGACUUUUAUAGUUAAAAUAUAUUAAGUAGCAAAUACUGCAGCCUUCCUGAUAGACUAACCUUUGAAAAUUCAAAAAUUGACUUGCUGAAAUAAAAUAUUUUUUUUAUCCUACUGGCAGUAGUUGUGACCUCUAACAUAAUAGAUUUGUGUUGAAAACAAUUCACCUUUAAUAAUAGUUUUGAAUACGGGGUAACAGGAUUAUAUAGUUGGGGCUAAGACCUCCCAGAACCCCUUUCUGUGUCCACACAGUCAGGUUCUUUAGUGCACUUUUUCUCAUUGGUAGGUCCAAGUUUUGGCACCAUCACACU